GAUUGGUGCUGGGAUUCGUGAUCGCUGCGCUGGUAGUCGCGAGGAUUGGAAGCGCGACGCCGAGGCAUGGAUUGGAUGAGAGUGCUGUGGAUCGCGAGAAGGACAGGAGCGAUCCGGAGCUGAAUCGAGCGCUGGAUGAGUUUAUGGAUCUGGUGGCGCAGCACAGGGUUGUCAUCGUCGGGAAGAAGGAUUGCACUGAGAACUUCCACUUAGGAUGACGAAUCGCGUGAAAGCGGCGAUGUCGGAGCAAGGAGAGAAGCCGCAUUUCAUUGACAUCGACCAUACGAAAUCAGACGAAGCAUGGAUGAUACAAAAAGCUCUCCGGAGGUGGCUCGGCUACUGGAUCACUCCACAGGUGUUUGUCAAUGGAAUGCACUACGGAGGAGCGGAGUUGUUGCUUGACAACCAUAAGACCGGACUCUUGGCGGACCACUUGAAGGAAAUGAAGACCGAGCUUUGAGCUACAGGGACUUUGUUUUGUGUGAUCUAUCCAAGAGCAUAUUUGCGAUUUGGCUCUUUG